AUGAACCGUCUCCUCCACCAAUCGGUUUCCCGUGGCGCCGUGGCGAUUCGUGCCACGUCUACAGUCACAACGAAGCCACCAGCACCAAAUCAGAUCACCAAACAGAAUGCCGAGUUCGAUAAAGUCACUCAUACCGGACAGGCGUGGGACCAGUCAGAUUACCGUCUCCAACGUUUCGACAUCUCGAAAAAGAGUGUGAAUCCAAACGUUGCAAUGCAUCUGAUCGAUCAACGUCCACCAGAGGAUUGUGGUGAUAAGAGAGUCGUCUUCUGUGAUGGAGGACAUCCAGCUCUUGGACACCCAAAAGUUUAUAUCAAUUUGGACAAACCAGGAGUCCACGCAUGCGGUUACUGUGGCAAUCGAUUCUACAAUUCGCACGCGACGAAAGGAGAAGAUAUGAAGAUUCAGCACCUUAAUUGCUAA